AUGUACUUCUUCCAUGCCUCUCUUGUUGUUCUUCUCUGUUUGAUCAUCCCAAUAAUUUUGGUGAAAGUUUUAACUCAUUGGAACGCGGUCACUCGAGGGAAGUCGUCGCUUCCCCCGGGCACAUCGGGAUGGCCUUUUGUUGGCCAAACCCUAGAGUUUUUGGCAGCUGGUUGGAGUGGCCAUCCCGAGAAGUUCAUAUUCGAUAACAUUAAGAAGUAUCGAUCACUCAUCUUUAGAUCACACUUGGCUGGAUCCCCAGCCGCCGUCUUCUGUGGGGCAGCUGCCAAUAAGUUUGUAUUCUCGAACGAAAAUAAGCUUGUCCAAUUGUGGUGGCCAAAAACAAUCACCAAGUUAAUACCUUCUACGUCCAAUUUCGAAGAAUCCCUUAAACUAAAUAGGAUGCUUAACAAUUUCUUAACGCCAAAGACUCUAGAACCCUAUAUUGGCUUCUUGGAUAUAAUCGCGCAACGACAUUUUGCUUCUCAUUGGGACAAUAGGGAACAAGUCACCGCGUUUCCACUUAUAACAAGCUACUCCUUCGCGUUGGCUUGUCGCUUGUUGAUCAACGUUGAUGAUCCCGAGCUCGUUGAAAAGCUCGCAGAUCCUUUCGAGCAAGUCUUGAGGGGGACUGUUUCGAUGCCCAUUGACUUGCCAUGCACAAGGUAUAACCGUGCCAUCAAAGCAUCCCGUUUCAUCAUUAACGAAUUUACGACGAUCGUAAAGCAAAGAAAGACCGAUUUAGAACAAGGAACAUAUAAAUCCCUUACGCAAGAUUUACUAUCACACAUGUUGCUUACUAGAGAUGAAAACUUUGUGACGGACUAUAACAUCGCGGAAAAGAUCAUGGGAUUAAUUAUAGGCGGCGACACGGUGAGCUCGGCAUGUUCUUCCAUUGUCAAGUUCCUUGCCAAACUCCCGGAUGUUUAUGAAAGAGUUUAUAAAGGUAUGGAUCAUGAUUCAUGA